AUGCGUCUUCUUGCAAUUAUCUCGCUCCUUCUUUUGGGGCUCUCGAGUCGUCUUGUUGAUGCGACUAGCAACAACAAGACGACUGAGGUAACUUGGGAUCAAUACAGUCUCACAGUCAAGGGCGAGAGAGUAUUUAUCUUCUCCGGGGAGUUUCAUUAUGUGCGACUUCCGGUACCGGAGAUGUGGCUUGAUGUCUUUCAGAAACUACGCGCGAAUGGCUUCAACGCUGUUUCAAGUAAGUGUCCAGCAUAUUUCCUAUCGUAUUCUGUUUCUAACUUUUCACAAGUAUAUUUCUUCUGGAGUUUUCAUUCGGCUUCAGAGGACGUUUUCGAUUUUGAAUCGGGAGCCCAUGAUAUCCAGCGCGUCUUUGAUUACGCUAAGCAAGCUGGUCUGUACAUCAUUGCUCGGCCAGGUCCUUAUGUAAAUGGCGAGACAUCUGCUGGUGGCUUUGCGCUAUGGGCAUCGAAUGGACAAAUGGGCGAUGCGCGCACAAGCGCAACAUCAUACUAUGAUCGAUGGUACCCAUGGGCCGAAAAGAUCGGUGCCAUCAUUGCUCGUAAUCAAAUUACCAAUGGUGGACCAGUCAUUCUGAUUCAACACGAGAAUGAGCUACAAGAAACAACCCAUUCGGCGACCAACACUCUGGUCGAGUAUAUGGAGCAGAUUACCGCUGCUUUUGACGCUGCAGGCGUCAUUGUUCCCAGCACUUCUAAUGAAAAGGGUAUGCGUUCUGAGAGCUGGUCUACUGAUUAUGAAGAUGUCGGUGGUGCUGUCAAUGUAUAUGGAUUGGAUUCCUACCCCGGUGGACUUUCUUGCACUAAUCCGAACUCGGGAUUUACUCUCGUUCGAACAUACUAUCAAUGGUUUCAGAACUACUCGUAUACACAGCCUGAGUUCUUGCCCGAGUUCGAAGGUGGGUAUUUCCAGCCAUGGGGUGGAUACUUCUAUGAUCAAUGCACUGAGGAACAGUCCCCGGAGUUUGUUGAUGUUUAUUAUAAGAACAAUAUCGGCUCCCGGGUAACUCUACAGAACUUAUAUAUGGUUUUUGGAGGUACAAACUGGGGCCACAGUGCUGCGCCGGUUGUAUAUACUUCCUACGACUACAGUGCGCCUUUGCGUGAGACUCGUGAACUCCGUGAUAAGAUUAAACAAACGAAACUUUUGGGUCUUUUUACUCGUGUUUCGUCAGGUCUUUUGAAGACUGAAAUGCAAGGAAAUGGUACCGGUUACACAAGUGAUGAUAGUAUAUAUACCUGGGCUUUGCGCAAUCCUGAUACUCAGGCUGGGUUCUACGUUCUUGCUCAUGACACAAGUUCGUCUCGAGAUGUAACAACAUUUUCAUUGAAUGUUGAUACUUCUGCUGGUGCCAUUUCAAUUCCAGACAUCGAACUGGAUGGUCGACAAAGCAAGAUAAUAGUUACAGAUUACGAAGUUGGCAAGGCUUCAAGUCUGCUCUAUUCAUCUGCAGAGGUUCUGACCUAUGCCACGUUGGACGAAGACGUCAUUGUCUUCUACCUGAAUGCUGGUCAGAAGGCGAGCUUUGCCUUUAAGAACCCACCGACACAUCUAACGUUCAAGACAUAUGGAAACUCCAACGUGACUAGCUCGACGACAUCGGGAUCUGGGACACAGUACACAUAUACUCAAGGAGAAGGCGCAACAGCUCUCAAAUUUUCCAACGGUAUUCUUGUAUAUCUCCUGGAAACCGAAACAGCAUGGAACUUUUUUGCAGUUCCCACAACAUCCAAUCCCUAUGUGUCACCGAGUGAACAGAUCCUUGCUCUGGGCCCUUAUUUAGUCCGCGAAGCAACCAUCUCCGGAAAGACUAUCAGUCUAGUUGGUGACAAUGCCAAUACAACCUCUAUCGAGGUAUACGCCGGUGAUUCCAAGGUUACCACGAUUAAAUGGAAUGGGAAGUCAAUAACGACAAAGAAGACGGCAUAUGGCAGUCUAACAGGCUCUAUCCCUGGAGCGGAAUCCGCCAAAAUCUCACUUCCAGCUCUAACUUCCUGGAAAUCCCAAGACGCACUUCCAGAGAUCCAGCGAGAAUACGAUGACUCCCGCUGGGUGGUUUGCAACAAGACGACGACCGUUAAUGCUGUCGCACCACUUACAUUACCAGUUCUCUAUUCUGGCGACUACGGCUUCAAUCCCGGUACGAAGAUCUACCGCGGCCGAUUCGAUGGAACUAAUGCGACAAGUGCCAACGUCACGGUGCAAAGUGGUGCCGGAGCUGGCUGGGCAGCCUGGGUUAACGGAGCCUAUGUCGGUGGUGCUUUGGGUGAUCCUGCUUUAGCAGCGACCACGGCUGUCCUUUCAUUUAACCAGUCUCUCCUUCUUGACACUGAUAAUGUCUUAACAGUCAUUAUGGAUUAUACUGGACACGACGAAGCCAGUGUCAAGCCAGAUGGUCCACAGAACCCCCGAGGAAUCCUUGGUGCCACACUAUCUGGCGCCACUUUCACUUCAUGGCGUAUCCAAGGCAACGCUGGCGGUGAAGCUAACAUUGACCCCGUGCGUGGGCCUAUGAACGAAGGCGGACUUCACGGAGAGCGCUUAGGCUGGCAUCUUCCUGGUUAUACACCUCCGAAGACAGCUGGAAAAGAGACGCCGCUAGACGGUGUCUCGGGCGCGGAGGGUCGUUUCUAUACCACAACUUUCAGACUGGAUUUGGAUUCAGACUUGGAUGUACCUAUAGGUCUGCAGCUUGGUUCCCCCGACAACACUACUGCUGUUGUGCAGAUUUUUAUGAAUGGCUACCAGUUCGGUCAUUAUUUGCCGUAUCUUGGUCCCCAGACUCUGUUUCCGUUCCCUCCCGGUGUUAUCAAUAAUCGGGGUGAAAAUACUUUGGCUAUUAGUUUGUGGGCAUUGACAGAGGAAGGAGCUCAGCUUGACCAGAUUGAACUGAGUGCUUAUGGUGCUUAUCGUACUGGAUUUGAUUUUAACCAGGAUUGGUCGUACUUGCAGCCUCGUUGGAAGAAUGAUCGGAGUCAGUAUGCUUGA